UUAUCACAUAAGCUAAUUUAACGAUGUGAAAAAGUUUAAAUGCGUGGAGCAGAGAGCAAUCGAGAGCUUCGUGAUUGUGCACCAAUGAAAGGGCUGGAUAUGCCAGCUGUAUGCUAAUAAGCUCCCGUUAUCUUCUUUUAUAGCUAAUAUAAGUAAAUCCUUAAUAAAUUUACACGGUAUAAGCGCAUAUUAAACAUUAAAAUGUUUAACAGGCCGUAUAUGACGCUGGUUUACCUUGGGUGUUUGAAACCGUGAGUCAGGAAGCCAUCUGCGCUGUUCAUAGCAGUUCCUUCAACUUUGAAGGGUUAUCGUCAGUGAGGUACAUCCUUACCUGUUACUCCAUCCGUGGAGUAUCAGAAAAUGAUGAAUGGAGCUUAAUGAGAUAUGAUUAGUAUCUCCUCCAUGUAGGGAACAGCAACACCCUGCAUGGCCAUUCUGAUUUCAAUUGUGGAUAAACAAGGCAAAAGAGUUGUGGAAGAUGAAGUUACAGAGCUGAAAUCAGUCAUGGAAUCUUUGCAGAAAGAACUGGAAACAUUGCAGGCUGAAGCUUACCAGCUGGAAGGAAUCCAUAAAGAAAAAGAGGAGUUGUGCACGAAGCUGCAGUUCCAGUGUGACAAGUCUGAGCAGGACUCUGCCAGGCAGUUGGAACAGAACAAGAAAAGUGAUGAACUGCUGGAGGAGCACAGGUGCGAAAUCCAGGAGAUCAAGCUGAAACAACGAAAGCAGCGCAUGAAGUUUGUAAACCAACUCCUGAUACUGACAGACCAGCACAAGAAUCUGUUCUCUGUCUUUUCUCCAGUCAGACUCCCAGCUGAAAUAGAGAGCUCUGAGAAUUCAAGAAGUCAGCUACUCUUAGCCGAACAAAUGAAGUUGGCUCAGCUGCACAGCCUGGAAGAGGAGCUAGAGGAGGGCAAGAAACAGAAGCAGCCUGGGACUGCAUCUGCAGAGACUGAGGACGAGCAAAAGGCAGCUUUACCAAUGUUGGGCAUUUAAAGUUAUUUAUUAAUGUUGUGAUAUAGCUGUCAGAUGGAUUGUGUAAUGAUUACAUAUAAAUGGAA